ACAACAAAAGUAGUAAACUAUCUUUCUUUCUUUUGGAGAAUAUGGUUAGCCAUCAAGAAGAACAAGACCUAAAUAAUGUGAUAGAGAAAGUGUGCGAAUUGUACGAGAAAAUCUCAAAGCUAGAAACCUUGAAACCUUCCCAAGAUGUCAACACUCUCUUCACAGACCUAGUCAACACAUGCAUCCCAUCUUACCCUAACCUCGAUGUCACAAAACUCCCCGAAGAUGUUCUACAAAUCAGGUCUAAUCUCAUCAAACUAUGUGGACAAGCCGAGGGCCUCCUCGAGUUUCACUACUCCACCAUUUUGGGAUCAUUUCAAAACCCACUUAACCACCUCUCCCUCUUUCCAUACUUCUCCAACUACCUUAAACUAAGCCAACUCGAGUACACCAUCCUCGCCCAGCAUAUGAUCAACCGCGUUCCCUCCAAACUCGCUUUCAUCGGCUCCGGCCCACUCCCUCUCACCUCCAUUGUUCUCGCCACUCACCACCUAACCCAAACCUCAUUCCACAACUACGACAUUGACUUCUCCGCCAAUUCUGUGGCCUCCAGGCUCGUUCAGUCCGAUCCCGACCUGUCCGCUCGCAUGGUCUUCCACACGACUAAUGUACUCGAUGUUUGCAGCGAGUUGAAGGAGUUUGAGGUUGUUUUUCUGGCUGCUCUUGUGGGGAUGGAUAAAGAGGAGAAGGUGAGAGUUAUUGAUCAUUUAGGAAAGCAUAUGGCUCCCGGGGCGUUCCUCAUGUUAAGGAGCGCCCACGGUGCUAGGGGUUUCCUGUAUCCGGUGGUGCAACCGAGUGAUCUUCGAGGGUUUGAGGUUCUGUCUGUGUUCCAUCCGACGGAUGAGGUCAUCAACUCGGUGGUGAUCGCGCGCAAGUUGUCAUUUUCGGUGGCUGCAGAUCAUGAUCAUCAGUAUCAGGCCGAUAUGGGAUCAGCUAAUCUCAUACUUCCUAAUUACAAUUGUUGCUGCCAACAGAUCAGGGGGUUUAAUCGGAUGAACUUGAUGGAGGAACUGGCUGUAGAGGAUCACAUCGCGUGAUAUCAUUUUAUUGCUUCAACAUAGAUUCGAUGGAUGGAUGGAGUAUUGAAGUGCGUACGUACUGUUGUAGUACUGUUGGUAGGUAUUAUUCUAAAUAAAUACACAGUUUCAUUACUUGCAAUGUUUUGUCUUUUGAUGUUACCCAUAAAAUAAAACAGCCUCAUCAACAUCCUUCCAACUUUUGUAUUGUAUAAUGGCAUUUUGUAAUAAGUACGAUUUCUUAUUAUUGUCA